AAAGAUUAGAUACAAUGAAGAAUGUUUAAAAUAUUAGUUAUUUUAUUUCAGGAUAAAAUAAGAUGGAGGAUGUUCUUGAUAGAUGUGGAUAUAUUUUCACAACAUGUGACAUCACACAAAAUGACAUCACUGAGAUUAAACAAGCUAAUGAUAGACAUUAAAGGAUUGUCCUUUAAUCAUUGAGAUCCCAAAACCAACCCCUUUGUUUACACUGAUAUUAGGUUAGGGGUUGACUUGUUUCGUCAUCACUGAUUAACACAGACAUGGAGAGUAACAGCUUUGAGUUACUGUCAUUUCCCAGAAAGAUCACACCAUGUUUAACCACAUCAAGAAAUGCCUUACAAAAUGCUCGAGUCAGCACUGCUGCAGUCAAGAAAUCCAGAACCAGACAACUGCACCGAGUUACUCCAUCAUCUGAGCCUCCGAUGUCAGAGGGUUUACCAGCAGAACCCGUUACUAAAAGUGAAAGCGGCACACAGACACUCCUUCAUCCAAUGGAGACAAACAUUGUUAAAUCAUAUGAAUGGAAUGAGUGGGAGCUGCGAAGGAAAGCAAUCAAACUGGCAAAUAUUCGUGCCAGGGUUACUCAUGCGACUCAGACCAAGAUGAGCCACAUGAGACGUGAAAACGGCACCCAGACCUGGCUGCCGGCAAACGCCACUUCUCAGUGCAAACGAGAUGGUUACAGUGGCGUUCCCAGACCCAGUGUCUACCAUGCCGGUCUGAGGGGACAGAAGGAAACAAAGAUGGUCAAGGUAAACCUGACCAGACCAGUGGAUGAAUGAUCACAACAGGUCAACGACUACACAAGUCAACAUGAUGACAAUGGAUUUAGGCUAGGUCCAAAUCUACAGAACCAGACCCCCAGUGUGGGAGAUAACCCAACAAGACCUUUGGACAAAUCCCUUCUCUUAUGAUCACCACAAUGAAUCCAAACUUUGUGCUGCUAUUAGCAAAAAGCUCAGACCAGGAGGCCGCAUACCAGGAGUGCCAGACCAUCUUUCAAAACCCUUUCAGACAACCCAUUACCAUUGAAAACAACCUGUUCAAGAGAAGAAGAAAAAAUCAGAUGUCAAAUGUAAUAAAUUGAUCAGGUUGACGUGAAAAUGGAAAACUUUUAAACUGGCAAAAAUUCAUGCUGAGGUGACUCACUGGACUCAGACGGAGAUCCCUGCUAACACUCAUCAGUUGGAGUCCACAGUCUGAGCUGUUCAGGUGACAGGAAGGAACAACGUUGGUCAAGAGAAAAAGAGCACAAAAUGCAGCUUUGACGGAAGCGGAGCGGCUCACUUCAUCAUCGGCUCCUCGUCUGUCAACCUCGACUGUGCAGCUGAACACCGACAGCUGCAGCUCCGAUAUGACCAAGAGAAGUCCUUCUCAUCAGCUGUUCAAAAGGAUGCUGAACCAUCACUGCAGAAGGAACCCGGAGCUUCAUGAGGAGCUGCAGAUCCAGGCUGCGGUGGCAGCCGGAGAUGUCUGCACGGUCAGGAGGAUGCUGGAGCACGGGUACUCGCCAAAAGUCCGUGAUGCCAAUGGCUGGACGUUGCUGCACUUCUCUGCUGCCAAAGGAAAGGAGAGGUGUGUUAGGGUUUUCCUGGAGCAUGGAGCUGACCCCACAGUGAAGGACUUUAUUGGCGGCUUCACAGCUCUGCACUAUGCCGCUAUGCACGGCAGAGCUCGAAUAGCCCGUCUCAUGCUGGAGUCCGAGUUCCGCAGUGAUAUCAUCAACGCCAAAAGCAAUGACGGCUGGACACCGCUGCACGUGGCGGCCCACUACGGUCGUGACUCUUUCGUGCGGCUCCUGUUGGAGUUUCAGGCCGAAGUAGACCCACUCAGCGACAAAGGCACCACACCGCUACAGCUGGCCAUCAUCCGCGAGCGCUCCAGCUGCGUGCGCAUUCUACUGGACCACAGCGCCAACAUUGACAUUCAAAAUGGCUUCCUGCUGCGAUAUGCCGUCAUCAAGGGCAACCACUCGUACUGCCGCAUGUUCCUGCAGCGAGGAGCGGACACCAACCUGGGACGGCUGGAGGACGGACAGACGCCACUGCACCUGUCCGCCCUCAGGGACGAUGUGCUGUGCGCUCAGAUGCUCUACACCUACGGAGCCAACACCAACACCCGGAACUACGAAGGACAGACGCCUGUGGCCGUGUCCGUCAGUAUGUCAGGAAUCAGUCGGCCGUGUCUAGACUUCCUACAGGAAGUCACCAAACAACCACGGAGUCUCCAGGACUUGUGUCGAAUAAAAAUCCGUCACUGCAUCGGCCUCCAGAGCCUGAAGUUGUUGGAGGAUCUACCGAUUGCCAAAGUGAUGAAAGACUACCUUAAACACAAGUUUGACCACGUGUGACCACAACGACGUGACGAGGAAGAACACGAAAACUGAAACUGUCACAGAUGAAGACUAUGCAAACACAUCCAGCCCACAGGUCUGGACCAAACAACUGAGUGACGACCAGUUCGCUUUGGUCACUUCACUCGCCUGCUUUGACCCUGUCAUGCCAGCAAGGGCGCCACCUGGGGGAGCCAAGAUGACAUUUAUGUUUGGAGAUGUGAAACCUGUUUGUGUUCUUACUGUUGGUGAUCAAACCUUUCAGUUUCUGUUCUAGAAUCUUCUCAUCUAUGUUCACACACAGAGAGAACAAGUAUUCUGUCCCAGUGAUCGGGACGCACAAAAAAAUCUUGUCCACAAACAUUCAAAAGUCUUUGGUUUAAGCAGCUGAUAUCUGAACUUUGCCCCGCCCCUGCCCAUGUUGAAUCAUGGAUGUCAUAAGUAGAGAAUGUGGGCACAUUAGUUGAUCAAGUGGGCCACGUUUGUUUGAAGUUUGAUUUCCCAUUUCUGAGGACCAAGUUUGGCCAAAUCUAAUCUAGACUGUGGGCUACAUCCUAAACAAAGUUUGAAAAACUGUGAGAUUUUCUUAAAUGUAUUCGUCUCUACUUGCAGUAGGCCACAUCGCACAUCGUCAUUAUUCAAAGCUGCCCACAUUUGACCCUUUUCUAAGCCUAUGUUGGACAGUGACAUUUGAAGAACCCGGUUUUGUUGAAGUUUGUAGGCCACACCAAUGUUUACAAUAUUUUUGGACUAAUCUGGUUUAAAUCAGCUUCAUCUGAUCUGACCUGAGAAAUGUGUCCCACCUUUUGGGGGUCUGUAAGUGAGAUGGUUGUGGUUGAGGUUUGUGGUCUCUUCUCUUGUGGCCCACACCAGAUGUCCAGAUUAUUGGUAUCUUAGGCCAUAUAGGCCACACCAAGUCAGUAGCGGGACUGUAGAACACAUACUCCUGUGGCCCAAUUGUACGCUUAUGGAAAUGAGACAUGUGCCACAACAAAGGUCCUUUUUUAUGUGGGCAAAGUGAACUGGUCCAGUCAGGAUCCUGAAUUGAUUUUUCUCUACUUUCACAAUGUUGCUUCUGUCACCACCUUCUGUUGCUUCCUUAAAAAAAGCACAAUAGUUUUUUAAACUGCUCCGUCACUGAGUUGACAUCAUGAUACCCAGCCCCAACAGUUGGUUUAGUUUUUGAAAAUGAGGGAGUUUGUACGUUUGACAAAAUGUGUGAAGAUGUCGUUACAGUAUUUCUUUUUAUAUAAAAAGUGUUUGGAUAUUCUGUCAGUGAAUUUUACCUGAAGUAAAAAUGAAUGAAAUUCCCCAAUGAAUCAACAUCCAUGAAAAAAAGGAGAAAGUGACCUGCAGCCCACACUGCCCUCACCAAGCAGCUCUUACACUCAUACUUUAAACAGGAAACAGAAACAUUUUAAACCCCAGUAAUCCAGGGUCCAGAAGGCAGAAUCAGCCAUUUUACCCCACUGCUGCCCUGGUCAGUGAGCGCCCCCUCAGAGAGACCACCUGACCACAGCAGCAGCAGGAGACGGCCAACAGAUUUCUGAAAGGACCCUGGUGUGGGACAGGAAGCAGUCAGGCCUGCUGCCUCCUGUGGCCAGUUUGUGUCACUGUGGUUAAUUGGAACAAAAGUCUUGGAAAAUUUAAGUGACCAUAAGUUGAACAGAAUCCUCACUUCUCACACACACUCAGACACACAAUGGAUGUAAAUAUGUAAAACAGAUAUUUUUCUAGACUUAUUUAAGCAAAUGUCUUUGCUCUUCUUAAAUGUAUUUAAAGUUAAUAUUAAUAUAAUGAUGUGCUUCAUGUUUAUUCUUUGUGUUUCAUGUUUGUUUGUUUUUUUCAUGUGUAUUUCUUGUACUAGAACUGUUUGGUACCGAUUUGUCUCUUUUUUUAAUUUUAUCUGGCAGGAACAUUUGGGUGCUGACUUUCAAUCCAUCACUCUGUUUGUGGAGAUGAAACUGUGAACUUUUUCAUUCGGACGAUUAAAGUUUAGGCUCUUAAUAAAACUAAAAGAAACUGUU